CCUCAAGGCCAACGCUAGGACCAUUGUUUUCAUCGUCACUGCAUUCUCAAUCAUCGAAAAACUCCAUCAACUUCCGGCAAGAGCUAAAUCUCCACCAACUUUAGCAGAAGAACUAGAUACCCAACAAGAGCAAGAGCCCGAAAGUUCACUGUUGACCCAAUUUCUUGAAUCGAAUUACGAAGCCAUUGAGGCCUUGAAAACAUUACUACAACAAAAGCUCGAAGCCGGUGAAGAUGAAGAAAGUUACGAAGUCUUGAUAAAGCUGGUUUCCGCCCAACCCGAAAACACAAAAUGGAAAUUCCUCAUGGCAAGAUUGUUGAAUGAAAUGGGUGAAACCCAACAAGCUCAGAACGUUUUUGAGGAGGUUUUGGCUCGAAAUCCACUUUCAUUUGAGGCAUUGUUUGAGAAUGUGUUAUUAAUGGACAAGUGUGGAGAGGGAGAAGUAGUGAUAACGAGAUCAGAGGAAGCUUUGAAGAUUGUUGAGGAUGAGAAAAAGGUGAAAGAACCGCUGGGCCCAUUGGAUGCUUUGGGUUUUGGAUGGGCAGCCCACACAAAAAUCCUAUCAUUGUCACAGUUCUUGCAAAAGAAUGUGGAGGAGUCACUAAGGAGCUAUGAGGAGCUGGAAAAAGAUGACCCAAAUGAUUUUAGGCCCAAUUUUUGUAAAGGGAUGAUAUAUAGUUUGUUUGAUAAGAACAAGGAGGCAAGGGAGCAAUUUGCAAAGUAUCGCGAGCUUUCACCCAAGAAGUUUGAGGUGGAAGGAUACUUGAGGACACCUUUGUCAAGGAUGAAGCUGUUUGGGUAA